AGUACCUGUAAUGAGAAUAAUCUAUUAUUAUUGAAAAGUCAAUAAAUUCUACGUCUCUACAAAAAAAAAUAAAAUCAGUUACCGAAAAAAUUUGUUUAAACAAAAAUUUGAAUAUAAAUACCAAAAAAAGAUGGCACCGCAAAAGUCCGCCGAUCAAUGCAAAAUCUUCCUUCAAUUUAUGGAAAAACAUCCUGGCCUAGCAAAGGGAUUCUUAAAAGGUGAUAAAGUCAAACAGGAGCAAUUAUGGAUUGACUUGGCUAAUCAGCUCAAUGCUUGCGGUCCACCUUCUAGAGAUGUCGCAAAUUGGAAAAAGACUUGGUGUGAUUGGAGAAGAAGCAUUAAAACUAGACUAGCAGAGAAUAAAAGUUCCUUAAAGAAAACAGGUGGGGGGCAAUUUCAGCAGCAUUUUGUAUCGCCGGUUGAGGAGCAGUUGGCUAUUAUAUGUGGCAUCUUUCAAACUGUUGAUGGCGUAGCGAUGGCAAAAACAUUUGCAACCCAAUCCAAAGAAACAUAUUUUAAAAGCGAUGUAAUAAUCGAAUCCGAAUCAUCAGCAAUGGUUCCAAAUUGUGAAAAUACUAUAGAUUUAGAAAAUCUAGAAUAUUCGCCUUCGCCGGCAACUCCUGAAAUCUCUCCCCAAAAAAAGAGAAAACGUUUUGAUGGAGACAUUCAGAAUUUAAUGGGGGAAGAGAAAAAAAUUUUAAAUAUGUCGCUACAAAAAUAGAAGAAGUCAAUGAAACCAUGGCAAACCAUUCAAAAUAUUUAAAAAAUAUAAAUAGAAAUCUGGACGAAAUACGAUCCCUAAAAAAAGGAACUUGAAGAAAUAAAACGCCACCAUCUAGUUUUGGAAAAGGUAGCCCUAAACAGGAAUGAAAUAAAAUUAGAAUUACUAAAAUUUGAAAGAAAGAAAAUGGGUAUUCCAGAGGAAUAAACUACUUAAAUAACCCAAUUUAUGAUUUCCUUAAUUAUUUUUAACUAAAUAAAAUAUUUUUAAUGAAUUUUUUAUGUUUUUAUUUAUUUUUUUAUAAAUAAAAAAUAUUUUUA